CUAGUUUAUACACUAACACACAACCGCAAAAAUGGCCAGUCUGACACUCAACUCGACCAUAUCUCUCCAAUCCGGCACUCGCCUUCCCUCACUCGGCUUUGGAGUCUGGGACAGUCCGAGCCACAAGACGGUACAGUCCUGUCUCUCGGCACUGGAAGCCGGCUAUCGACACAUUGAUACGGCGCAAGUCUACGGAAAUGAAGUCGAGGUCGGAGAGGCCGUUCGCCAGUCCCAACUGGCCCGAAAGGACGUCUACCUCACGAGCAAGAUCCUGUCACCGGCCGAGGAUGCGGAAUCCACGUACCAGAAAUGUCUCCAGAGCGUUCAGAAGAUUGCCGGAGACGAUGGCUAUCUGGAUUUGCUCUUGAUUCACAAUGUCAGUUCUGGUGCGGCGGGCGUCAAGCUGAUGUGGCAAGCCAUGGAGAGGCUGUUCCAGGAGGGCAAGCUGCGAGCCAUUGGGAUGAGUAACACGGGUAUAGGAAUGAUGGAAGCAAUGAAGGCCUAUGCCACGGUCUGGCCACCGCAUGUGAACCAACUCGAGCUCCAUCCUUGGUGUCAGCAGCGUGAGGUAGUCGAAUACUGCCACAAGAACGGCAUUGCCGUGGAAGCAUACUGUCCGCUAGUACGCAACCAAAAGGCCAACGAUGAGGAUCUGAAGGCUAUUGCGGAUAAACACGGAAAAUCUACACCACAGGUUCUGGUGCGAUACUGUCUGCAGAAGAAUUGGGUUCCUCUGCCCAAGAGCGAUACUCCUUCGCGAAUCAAGCAGAAUGCAGACAUUUACGACUUUGCCUUGAGUGACGAGGACAUGGCCACGCUGGACAAGAAGGAUCAAGGUGCCAAAGGAGCUCUUGUGCAGAUUGCGGAUAAUGAGAGUACGAAGUAGAAGAGUGAUCCAGAUUCUGCCUUGGAUUUGGCACAUAUAUAUUUAUUCUAGAGGCUCGGAACAGUUGCCACCAGGAGCCGUACAAAGGUCGAGUACUCAUGAUGGAACUGUUGGCUGCUGUUUCUGCCAUGUAUACAGCCUGGAACACCUCAGCCAGGAAAUAGGGAAGAAAAAUUAAUUCGGUACAAAGACAAGUACCUGAUAAAAUCACAAGUUCAGCACGAAAACGCUCCAUCCUUUCCGCAUACUCCACGUCGCUCGCCAAUCGAUCAA